AUGGCCACUGUAAGCUUAACCUCCCCUUCCUCUCUCUGUUCUGCAGCCUUGUUUGUUGUCCUUGUUUUCUAUGUUAAUCUCCCCACCUCUCCUCCACAACCUCCUCCUAUCCCCCUCGACUCUUUUCGUCUCUUCAUCUCGCAACCGGUGGUCGCGGCUUUUUGCGCAGGCGGUGUCGCCGGUGCCGUGUCUCGAACUGUCGUCUCCCCCCUCGAGCGCCUGAAGAUUCUCUUCCAAGUCCAGUCCGCCGGUCGCGAGGAGUACAAGCUCUCCGUAGGCAAAGCGCUCAAGAAGAUGUGGCAGGAGGAGGGCUGGCGUGGCUUCAUGCGCGGCAACGGGACCAAUUGUGUGCGCAUUGUGCCCUACUCGGCUGUCCAGUUCGGCAGCUACAAUUUCUACAAGCGGCACUUCUUCGAGACGUACCCUGGCGCCGACCUGGGCCCCUUCAUGCGCCUGACAUGUGGUGGCCUCGCCGGCAUCACGUCCGUCACCUUCACGUACCCGCUCGACAUCGUGCGCACCCGUCUCUCGAUCCAGACAGCCAGCUUCGCGGACCUUGGGUCGCGGCCCCAUACUGGAAAGAUGCCUGGCAUGUGGGCGACCAUGGUCACCAUGUACAAGACUGAGGGCGGCCUCCUCGCCUUGUAUAGAGGCAUCGUUCCCACCGUCGCCGGUGUCGCGCCAUACGUCGGCCUCAACUUCAUGGUGUACGAGCACGUGCGCAAGGUUCUGACCCCAGAGGGCGACAAGAACCCUAAUAACGUGCGGAAGCUUCUGGCCGGUGCCAUUUCUGGUGCGGUCGCGCAGACCUGCACCUAUCCCUUUGAUGUGCUCCGCCGGCGAUUUCAAAUCAACACCAUGAGUGGCAUGGGUUACAAAUACAAAUCAAUAGGUGAUGCGAUGUCCCGGAUCAUUGCCCAGGAGGGCAUCAAGGGAAUGUACAAGGGUAUUGUGCCGAACCUCUUGAAGGUGGCACCCAGCAUGGCAUCGAGCUGGCUGAGCUUCGAGAUGACACGAGACUUCCUCGUCAGUCUUGGUCCGCAGGAGGUCGUCCUCUGAGUCCGCAGCAUAACGAUCAAUAAAGAGGGGGAGAGAGAGGCUUCGACAAUGUUGACGACAAACAACCGCGAGGAUACCCAAUCAUGACCGGUAUGGGGAAGGCACCAGCAGCAUGCCAUGUUCCAUGGCCUCGGAAGGCCACCACAGCGCUACUUUCUGGGACCAUCAGUACCAUUUACAACCCCGAUGGCCCCGUGUACGACGGGAUAGAACAAGUAUCGAAGAGAUCCUUUCGGGAUGAGGAUAUUUGUGACAAGGUUUCUGAGCAUUGAGUCGACCGUCCUACUUGAGCAACAUGAAGAGGCUUUACAACGAGCUGCCGAUGCCCCGAGGGAGGGCGGCUGAUGGGGACAAGCCACAAUCUGGGUCAGAUAAGCUUGCGAAGACAAUUAUUAGACUUUAGAAGGCAUGGCUAUGUCUACUUACAUUGCAUCAUCACGGGAUGCACCGUGCCAAUAAAAAUUGAUACCGCUGU